AUGCAGUCAACUUCAAUACAAGAUUUCCCGCCAAAUUCUAAGCGACGUCUUGAAUUACAAAACCAACAUAACUUACAAUACCAACAAUUCCAACAACAACAACAACAACAACAAGAAAUUUCUGAUUAUAAUAUACAAGAACCUCCAUUUAAAAAACAUCGUCCUGGAAUUGCCGCAAACUUAUUUUAUAAAGUUGUAGAACUUGCUACCUAUACUUCCGCUUUUGCCACUGAUACCAUAAAUACAUUAACCGGAAAUACUUUAAAUACUGGAGGUCAUUCAACGAGACAAAAUUUUGGUUACGAUGAUGAUAUCUUACAAAUCGAUGAUGAUGAUGAAAAUGUUUAUGAUCAAAAGAAAAAAGAUGUUUCUACUUGGGGUGAAAAUGUAGAAACUGUUGAAGAUGAAGAACCUCCUCCACCUUACGAUAAUUCUUGGUCUAUGCCAUCAUCAACAACAACAACAUUUGAAAAUUCCAAUACAACCACAUCUGAAACUAAACCUUCACUUACAAUUUCUACAUCACCUUCACAACAAGAUUAUCCAACUACUCAAACUUCUCAAAAAAUUAUUUCAACACCAACACACUCUCCAACAAAUUCAUCACGACGAAGACAAUUCCGUGUUCGUCGUGGCCGUAGAUUUAUACGUCGUAAAUCUUCUUCUGUUGAUAUGAGUAAUAGUUUUAAUAAUACUUCCACUCAUUCUGAUAAUAAUGUCGAUGAUGAUGAAGAUAUUUUCCUUAAAUUUAAUUGUAAAUUAUCUGAUAUGAUAGCCGAAGGUAAAGCUGCUUUAAAUAGUAAGGUUGAAGUUACAGAAGUUGAAAUGAUACUUGCCGAGGAAAAAGAACGCGAAGAACGAAUUAUGAAAGAAUUUGGAAUUCAAUCUCCAAUUAGUAGGCGAGCUCGUACAAAUUUUAAUCUUCACAAUUACAGUUACAAUAAUUUCAAUAACAAUUAUAACUUUUACUGA